AUGUUGCUAUCGCAAGCUACCUGCUCGAUCUUGCUUGCCUUAAGCUUUCUCUUUGAUAAAGCCUAUGGAAGAAAAAUUAUCGCUUACCGAACUGUUUCCCCCAUGGAAGCCACGAAAAUCAAUCUAAAAAAAAGGCCUUAUAGAGAUGAAGCGGUCGAUAGAGAAAACGCACGCUGGAAUUUACUAGGAAAUGGUCUCUAUACGGUAAACGAACCUGCUGGCUGGGGUGCUUGGAUCGACUCGUGGCAUUGUGCUAUCGAAGCGGAUAUGGACAAGGUUAAAGAAGCUAGCAAAGUAUGGAUCCCAACGUCUUACACGGGAAUCACUAAGGACGGUAAGAUUACCGAUGAAAAGAGAUUAUGGGGCUUUCAGACCGCAAACGAAGAUAAGGUUUUGGAGUAUAUCAAGUUGAUGGGCGUGCCAAACCCGAAGAAAGCAUUACGCUUUGCACAUAUCCCACAUCUCCCCGGAAAGAUACAAAUGGUUAUUCCCACUGACACGAUAAACAACAAUGAUUUUGAUUUUAAGGCUGAAUGCUGGGAAACAGCAGAAGAGCUACAAGCCGCUUUUUCCGAAACCGUUGAUUGGAAGAAAUGGGGUAUUAUUGGAAGUCCUGACAUUGGGGAUCCUAUACCGAUUCCUGAAGAACCUGUCGUGGAGGAUCCUGCACAGGGAGGUACCUUUAAAGAAUGGAAAAAGACGAGCUGGCCAGGGCGGUUGUUGCACUGCAUGAGAAACCCAUGCGAUUGGUAA